CCUGGACAAAAAAAAAAAGGCGGAGAUGGAUGAGUUGGAAACGUUGAUGGCUGAAGCUGGGCUUGCAGACAGCAUCAAGGAUCGCAUCCGAGGCAUUGCCAACGGAGCUCGCGCAACUGACAUCGACUUAAACGUGGCUGCGCUUGGCGACACCGGAGCAAAGGCCUUGGCACUGGCACUGACGCUGGUCAAGAAGAAGGCAAGGCUGACCAAGCUAUGGCUCCAGGGAAAUCCGAUCCAAACGGAGGGAGCCAUCUCGCUGGCAGAGGCAUUGAGCAGCCACCAGCAUCUGGAGCUCCUCGACUUGAAGGACUGUGCUGUUGGGCCGAGAGGAGUUGUCGCAUUGGUGGGAAUGCUGAGACACCAGGAAGAACUGGAAUGGCUCAACUUGAGCGGCAACGCAAUUGAAGUUGAGGGAGCUGACGCUUUGGUCGAUGCAUUACAGGACCAUCCUGCCUUGCAACGCAUUCAGCUCAAAGGGAUCGGAGUGGACGCUGCUCGUGCCUUCGGCGCACGUUGGCCGCUGGACCCUGGCGUUGAAAUUGGACUGAACGAUGAUGAAGAGGCUGCGUUCGAAGAGGGUCGCGAGAUGCAGCAGCGUUGCCACAAGGGCGCCGCUGAGAAAGACAAGGAAAAGGAAAUUGACGAAAUGCGUCAUGAGCUUGCGCGGCUGCAGCAGGUUUUGGGGGAGAAGAAUGAGUUACUGAGACUGGCGGAAUCAAAAGAGCAACGUCAUGCAGACGAGGUCUUUGAGCCGGCUAACCCCCAGAAGGCGCAGCUGGAAGCUGCAAAUGAAGAGAUCAAGCAACUUCGCAUGGAGAAGCAUGAGCUGACGGUCCAACGCCAAAAAAUGCGACAAACCAUGAAGAAGACAGAUGAGACAAUGUAUCAACUGCGUGACCAGCUUCGGGACUUUCAGGGCGUCAUUGAACUUGAGGACAAGAUUGAAACGCUUCUGAACCUGAACAUGGAUCCAACACGCUUCACAGAGAAGCAACGCGUCAAAGACCGUGACGGCAAAUUUGUGAAGGGUGCGUUCGGGAGGCUAUUUCGAAGCACACUUGCCGGACACGACGUGGCGCUUAAGGAGGUUGAUGACGUGGAGGAGCGACCACGACUUCGGCAGCUCCUCGCGGAGAUGUCCAACACAGCAACACUGGCGCAGGGGGUUGGAAAGCGGAUCUUGAGAGAAGUGGCGAUCUUGGUUUCCCUACGCCAUCCCAAUAUUGUGCAGUUUCUCGGCAUCUGCCACGACAGCGCCAGCAACAAGCUUGCCUUUGUGUUGAGCUGGGCAGAGAAUGGCUCCCUGUACGAUUACAUGCACGUGCACAACAACGACCUCAGUGAUGUGCAACGAUUGCGUAUGCUUAGCGAAGUGGCUGGUGCCAUGGAGUUCCUGCACGCCCACAACGUCGUUCACCGGGACCUCAAGUCACCCAACGUGCUGCUGGAUUCGUCACUGUCCGCUAAGGUGACCGACUUUGGCUUGAGCACAUUUCGUCAACCGGGUCAAUCACAAGUGUCCCAGGUGAUUGGCACCUUAUUGUGGGCAUCCCCAGAGCAGCUGUUGCAACAGGAAUUGCGCGCAGACACAGACGUUUUCUCGUUCGGUUGCCUGAUGUGGGAAGUGUGGUUGGGCAUCAGGCCUUGGCACCACGGCCAGUACGGUGAAAACGGCAUAACAUUCGCACAUCUCGUGGCCAAGUACCAGGAGGAAGACUACCUUCCACUCGAUGUCGAAAUCCAGGGACGACGGUUGACCCCCGCUCUUCAGGCAUUGACGUGCGUGUGUUUGCAGUGGAGUGGCAACCGCGGUGACUUCUCCCAGCUCCACGCCGCCCUGAAAGUGCAGCAGAGUGCAACCAGGGAGCAAGAAGUGGUAACUUUGGAAAGACAUCAGCAGCACAUGCUCAAACAACAUCUGCUGCUUCACGGACCACCAGAUGCGGCGUGGAAGUUUUCACAGCAGCUCUUGGCCGCGGUGGACGCAACGCAGCUGUCUAUUCGCCAAUCCGUCCACAUUGCACCGCUGCAACGUGACGGGGACGCCGUGACCGAGCUCCUUCGUGCCGCCGGUGGCCGGACCGCCCAGGAGCACCCACGCACACCGUUUGGUCAUCGUCUCAGCCGCGUCGCCAUCACGUGGUGCGACCAGAAGCUCGUCGCCUUCAACGGCGCCCUGCACCGCAACACCACCCGCUAUCGUGGCCACCUCACCAGCGCAAGUCACCCAUUUGCGCCCAAGUACGACCACGACACGUUAACGGGCCAGGCAACAGAUGCCGAGGAGCGGGCACUGCUGGAACGCGUCACCUGUGUUGGCGUGUACAGCAUGCUCGAUCCAACCCUGCUGCAGCAAGACCCACCCAUCCGCAUCCAGCGAGUGUUCCACGGCGUGAGGUCAUUUGACGCCGUCGUUGGCAUCCUGGGCGGCGAUUUUGCACAGCUGCAAAGGACUGAUGGCGGAUGGUUUGGUGCUGGUUUGUACUUCACACCAGACCUCGACUAUGCGUUUGCAUAUACACAUCCACGGCAAGUGAAGCCAAGCCGCCGCAAUGUGCCGGCUGAUCUGCGUUGCUUGAACCUGACUCCGGGGAAGCUGUACCGUCUUGUGCUGGCUUGCGAUGUCAUGUACGGCAAUCCAUACCCCGUACUGGAUCUACACUUGAAGGGUCGGCCAUUGAUGGCUGGACAUGACGCCCACGUGUCGGUGGUCGAUUUCACCAAGGGAAACAUUGUCGCAGCACAGCCGUUUCAAACACAUGCGCAGUGGAGCCAAGGCGACAAGAAGCCUGCAGCUGAGAUCAUGAUCACUGAUCCAUCGUGUGUGCUUGUUCGUGCCAUCCUCGUUUUUGACGCUUGAUUUGGUUUUGUCUGAAGCACGUGCUUGUUGUUGCGAGGGCACUGCUCUAUCUUUAUGUUUUUCCGCCCACGCUCUGGCAGCAAGUCCUGCCCUUCCUGCUUGUAUUGCUGAGGCAUCUUUAUUUAUGUUGUUUCCCUGUUACCGCGUUGGCGCGUUACAUCGUGACACACACGCGUUCUCAUUGCCAGCAUUACCAUCACCGUGUUACUCUGUUACAAGUCGCUGCCUUUCCUCUCGGGUUUGCCUUCGCACACCCUCCCUCCACCCUGCAUCAGCGGCACUCUCGUGCUCUUGUGUUCUUGUGCUCUUCCGUUCGACACGUUCUGUCCCUGUUCACCAUCGUCGUUUCAAUUUCAAAUCAUCAUGCGCACAUGCCACCCGUUUCGUUCACAAAUAGAAAUUGACAAGCAGAA